AACUGUCAUGUGUUGGACUGGGGAUUUUUUUUUCAGAAUCAACCUGGCAACCCUACACUUGUUGAAACUGCGCAACUAAAAGCAACAGCUGCCGCACCCUACCACAGGGGCAGGACUCCAAAAGUGUACUACUCCAAUACUACCCAGGCUCCGCCCUCGCAGUGACGCAACAUCUUCGGCUCAGCUACAUCGGACAGUCUAUGAAAAUCGAGCAGGUCACCUCAGAACAUGACGCAUACAACUAUUGGCACAUGGAUUAUGGGGAAAAGUUAUUUUGAACUGUCUAUAUGAUUAUUGCAUUAUGUAUCUAUCGUAAAAGAGUGUGACAAUUCCCUUUGGCAAGCCGCGCGCUAGUUGUGGAGUUCAUUCGUCCAAAUAGGCCUACUAAUAUUGCACAGUAGCAGUGUGAAAGACAAUGCGUUCUAGGUUUAGCAUUCGCAAUUGCUCUUUCGAAGUAGGCUACGAGACUUGUCCCGGGAGAAAAUAUCUGGGUGGGUCGGCUGCCAGUCGUGGAUGAAAUCUUUCCCAAAAGUUGGAUGACGCUAUGUGAGAAUCUGACAUCUAUGAAGAUAAAAGGGUCCGAGUGGCGAGGGAGGGGGCGCAUGUGCAUGUCUUCGGUCAAGCAAUUUAAGUAGCCUAAUUGUUCAGUUUGUUUACUUAAUGGUUCACUAUUGCAGUGGAUCUACCACAUUAGGUAGGCUACAGUGUUAUAACAGUGGACAAUAAUACCAGUGUAACGCCAUGCACCAAUCUUACACUUAGGCGAUAAUGUCACUAGUGCAUCAGGAAUGCCAUUUGUGCUACAAAACACAUUGCAAAGUUUCACAGCUUUCAUCUAACAUUGUCGCUGCACAUUUGCUCGCUUAACGUAAAUAAAUUACGCUUACAGUUUUUGGCCAUUCAAUGGCUGUUGGAGUUAAACUAUUCAGUUUUACAUGAAUGUGUAGCCUAUGCCUACAUCACAUCACUCAUACUACAAGUCUUAAACGAGAUUGAGUGUCACUUUUACGUCACUCAAGCAGCAGAAUCUGACUCUUUUUUUUAAAGGGAUAGAUGUCAUGCUACCUAGUGAAGCCUACAGUUGUGUUUUUUUUUUAGGACGACUGGAAACUCACCGUUGACAGUGAUGACAUGGCCACCUCGCCUUUUCACUCCUAACAUAUCCCACACAUGACCAGUUAGUGAAACUUUAUUUAGGCCCAUAUCACACAAAAUGUGCAUAAUAUGGGCUAUCUGGCAACAUCCCUUCGGCGAAGAAGACGGACCCAGACUUUUCUCGGCUUUAAAUUUACAAAUAAAAGUUGGCGAUAAAUUGCAAACAUGUCAUGGAUGUGGUUUCGACUGGCAUUUUACGUAAGAUGAAUUCCACACGUGAUGAAAGUUAACGAUGUACUAGGAGAGAUAGAACACCCUGGUAAAUUUCAUACUGAAGGCUAUGUUGUCCUUCCUUUUUGUACUGUCAGUGUUCGCCAUAUUGCAAUCUUCUGUAAAUUGCUCUUGUCGAAGAGCAGAGUACUUGAGUGUUUCGGGAGAGUGCUGCCCGAUGUGUCAAAGAGGCCUGGUUGUACGCAAAGAUUGCACGGAGUUCUCCAGUACAUCAUGUAUUCCCUGUAUAGAUGGCACAUACAUGGAUGAACCCAAUGGCUACAACAAAUGCCAUCAAUGCAAAACCUGUGAUUCAGGCCAAGGGCUCAAAACACGACAGAAAUGCACAUCAACAGAUGACGCAAGGUGUGAAGUAGUGGACGGAUACUACUGCGAAAGUUUCUCAUCACAAGAGGACUGCAGUUUUGCAGUAAAACAUGCAGUCUGUACUCGUGGUCAGAGGAUAAAAAUACCUGGGUCUAAGACCUCAGACACUGAGUGUGAAAAGUGUCCUAAGGGCCAGAACUCCACACACGGCUUUAACUGCUCUGCAUGGACAGAUUGCAGUGCAAUAAGAAAAGAGAAGGCUGAAGAUGGGAGUCCUAUAAGUGAUGUUGUAUGUAAAGACGUCAGACAGAGAUAUGCACUUUUGGUUUGUGCGGUACUUUCUUUCAUUCUAUAUGGCUUUGCAUUUUACCAAAUUUGGAGGAAAUACCAGAGUGAAAGGGCUGGCAGUGAUGGUAUAUCAUUGCCUAAACCAAUAGAAGAAACUGACGCAAGACACCCAUCAUCACAUACACACGACGCUGUGAUUAGUAGAAUUCCAUCAGACAUACGUCCACAGUUACAACCAGAAUCAAACGACUCCGCCUAUGGAUCCACGAUAAACAAUCGAGAAGAGAUUGAUAGUCAUGAGCCUCAAGCUCUGAGCAGUGAGCUUCCAUCAACUCCAGCCACCCCCAGUGGCCUGCCAUCCAUACAAACAUAACAUUUCACAUUUUAUAUAAGAAGACACGGGGGCGUCCGUAACUCCGCCUAGUAGCCUAUCUUAUUUUGUGGUUUUAACUAACCUACUAACUAGCCAGUCCCAAGCCUGGAUAAAGGAGGAGGGUGGGAUCCUCCACAAUUACUGUUCUGUAACUGAAUGUUCAUGAGGUACGUAUGUUGCACAGGCCCAUGUCAAGGGUACCACUUCCUUUCCUAGCGUGUGAAUAAAUGGUCAACUUCAGUCCGGUCUCUCAAAGUAACGUCCCUGUGCACAACCACUGUCCAGGUGCUGGUGAUGUGCAGUAAGAGUAAUCCAAGUAAAUGAAGGAUGAAUCACCGCACACUGCUAUCUUUGCUGGUAGUUUAUUUAGUUUAUAACUUCAGUCCGGU